ACUUCCGUAAAAUACACUUCCGUACAUAGCGCCAAUAGCUCAUCCAGGCGCGCACAUGCUGGCUGGUUGUUGUGAUGGCACUGGGUGUGGCAGCUUUACCGACUAAAGUUUAAGUCCGAUAAAUUAACUUGAGUCAAAUCUACUGAUCACUGUUUGGACCUCUCUAUUAGUAUUGAUGUAGAUUCUACACAUCACAUCAAUUCACACAAUUGCGUACCUCGAAUAUAGUGAGUCUCGGAAGUACGAAAAUGCGAUCUAGCGAGUCUGACUUGGAUGGCGGCAUCCAUGGGUGGGUUGGAGUCCUUGGGACUUUUGCCUCGUGGUUUACUUGGAUGGGCACUGUGAAAUGUUUGGCUGUGAUGCUCCCUGCGCUACAAGACCAGUUUAACAGUCACACGUGGCUGGUUGGAUGGGUGAUCGCUAUCUUUGAUGGCAGCGUCGAUUUAACAGGUCCCAUCGCACCUGCUAUAAAAAGACGCUUUGGUGUUAGACUGGUCGUGGUGGUGAGUGGUUUGCUGGUUGGUUUUUCACUCAUCCUGUCAUCCUUUGUGUCCAGUCUAGUUCAGAUGACAUGUAUCCUGGCCUUUUGUACAGGGCCUGCUGUGGGUGUGUGCAACAUUGUUAUGAGGGAACUUGUCGGUGAAUGUUUCCCCAGGUCACAUACAAGAGCAUUUGCGAUUGGUGGAAUCGGCGCGUCUUUGUCUUUCGUCAUCCUUGCGCCGUUAACGCAGUUCUUUAUGGAUGUGUAUGGUUGGCGAGGAGCCCUAAUGCUUAUCGGAUCCAUACACUUACAUCUCGCGGUGUGCGGGGCACUGCUUAAGAAACACCCGGAGACAAACCAACGCAAUGGGGACUAUGAGAUGGUCACCAGCACUUCAUCAGAAGACAAGACGGCACGAGAAGAGUUUAGGUGUCUCUCUGUCUUGACAUCCAUGAAAAACGCUGUCAAUAUUGAUCUCUUUGCCUUUGCUGGAUACUGGCUGGUCGUGUUGAUGGCAUUAUUUACCACGGUAGCAGCCACGGCAUGGAUUGUGUACUUCGCAGCUCACACCAACCAAUACAAAGGUUUUCUCCCUGGCCGAUGUCGCCGCCUUUGUCUCUGUGUUUGGUGUAGGGAAGAUCUUUGGAAAUUUAGUCACCGCUUUCAUUGGCGGCUAUCAAUUCAUUGGAACGAACAUGUGGAUGGGACUAGCAGUGACUGGCAGUUCGGCUUGCUUCCUCGUCGACCUGUUGUUGGAAUCUUACUGGCCGAUCAUGGCGUACGCCUUUAUCUACGGCGCUUUUCAGGCUUUCAUUUACACUCUGAUAGAUGUCGUGACCAAGGAAACGGUGGGCGUGGAACGUUUAGGAAGCGCCCUCGGAUGGAUCGGAUUGAAAUGUGGUUUCGCCAGGGCACUCUUCCUGUUUUUGCCUGAGUCUUGUCUCAUCUCCCCGUCUUG